CAGGUUCUUGCCGAGAAAAUCUAUCGACUCUCGGAAAAUAUCACAUGUACGGUCGCUGGAAUUACUGCCGAUGCUAACAUUCUUAUCAACCAUCUUAGAUGGUGGGCUGCACAGUAUAAACUAUCAUACGGAGAAGAGAUGCCAGUCGAGCAACUGGUACAAAAUCUCUGCAACGAGAAGCAGCGAUACACUCAAAUUGGAGGAAAGCGACCAUUCGGUGUGUCUCUUCUUUACAUGGGAUGGGACAAGCAUUACGGAUACCAACUUUACCAGUCCGAUCCAUCUGGAAAUUACACUGGUUGGAAGGCGACGUGCAUCGGCAACAAUCACCAGGCUGCUAUGUCUUUGUUGAAACAGGAAUAUAAGAGCCCAACCCUUGCAGAGGCGAAAAAGUUGGCUGUUAAGGUUUUAUGGAAGACUCUUGACGUCAAACUGACAAAUGAGAAAGUGGAAAUGGCUGUCUUGACGCGUCGUGAUGGAAAAACAGUAGUUGAGGAAUUGACUGGUACAGAGGUUGUAGACGCUCUACCUAAGGAACCACGAGAGUACAGAAAAAGGAAGCUGAGCAUCAGAGUAUACGAUAACUCAUGA